UUAAGGUGCAUAAGGUAUAUAUGCCUUUUUGCUUGGUGAUAUCAAAUUCGUAUAACUGUUUCGUUAUAAUAUUUGAUGUGAAGACUCGAGACCUCAUAGUGCUUGGAAUUUGAGAAGCCCGGUGUUGUGGUCGCUCCUAACAGCAGCUGAAAUAUGCCAAAAGUUAGUUUUCUGGAUUUCCAGUAUGGCCUCUCGAAAAGAAAUUUUUUACGGAAGCCAUCUCGUCUGUUUUCCAAAGAUGGGCAAAAUUCUAGUAAGUUACCCGCUUAUCAGCAAAGCUUAGAGGAGACGAAGCAGGUUUUCGACAAAUAUGACGCAAACAAAGAUGGGAAGAUUUCACCUGAGGAGUACAAGGCCAUAUUGAAAGCCCUGGGAAAGGGAAAUCCGAUUACAGUAGAAGUGAAAAAGAUAUUCGAGGUGGCAGAUUUGGAUGGUGAUGGAUUCAUUGAUUUCAAAGAGUUCGUGGAAGUGCAGAAGAAAGAAGGCGGGUUAAAGACGGCGGACUUACAGAACGCUUUUCGGACAUUCGACAUGGAUGGCGAUGGAAAGAUAACUGUGGAGGAAGUUUUCGAGUUGUUGCAGAAACUUGGAGAGAGGUGCAGCAUGAAGGAUUGUAGAAGAAUGGUCCGAGCUGUUGAUGCCAAUGGGGACGGUGUGAUUGACAUGGAUGAAUUCAUGACCAUGAUGACUCGCACCCUCAAACUUACUAGUUACUAGACGAACAGGGAGCUGCCUGGAUGUAUUGUCUGUACAUCUUCCUGUCUGGAAAUUCCCCAGUCAGUGUAUGUGCAAUCCAAACAUAUGUAUCUAUGUUUUAUCUGAAACUCGUUUUCUCAAUGUUUCUCCUCCUUCACCAUUAUUCAGAACAAACACAAGUUUGGUCGCAGGACCGCAAUAAAAGGUUCGACUCCAGCUAGUUCCUGUGGUUGUUCUAAUCCUGCUUCUGCUCAAAUUUGGGUGGGGAAAAGAUAUAUGCUGUCUCUGGCAAUUUAGACAAUUGCGUGACAUAAUAAUACCAACUGCGAAAAAAUGUCAUGUACUUUGAAAUAUCGUGCAUGAAGUUGGAGCAUUAUGGCGAGUAAAAUAUGUUGAUUAAUUAGCGUUGA